CGGGGCCCUAAAGGCUGCGAAGCGGGAUUCAGAUCACUGUGCUCUCAUUGUAAGACCGCUGGAGUGCUCACAUGUACGCAGCAUGAAGCCUGAGCGAAUAGCACCAGAUCCGCGUCAUACCUCUGGGUUCAAGGCUCUAACGAAAACCUCCAAGCACUCAGCACCCAGCACUCCACUCCACUGCUGCACUGCAACUCGCUCUCAUGUGCUCGGUAUCAGCGGCACCCAUUGCUGUAGAGCCACGAUUCUGAUCCCCCUCUCUGCUCGUGGAUCACCCCGGAUUCGAGAGAUGUAAUAGUCGUCGUUAUAUUUUCGGGUUUCUUCGUCUCCGCAAAUCUGGGCCUUUCGUUGCCUCAGACUCGUUUAUCCAGUGAUCUUAUCCCGGCUGUAUCAGAGUUUCAGUCGUAGACAGUUCAUGCGGCAUCGUUGGCUGCGUAAGAAGGACUAACAGACAGGUAAAUAGAAGCUUUUCCUCCUCUUUUCUCCUUUUCUUCCCAAUAGAUCCUCUUGUUCAAAAUGCAAGCAAUUACUGACAAGAUGAUGUUCACUCUCCCAGAUUUUAUGGCAUCUCCGGAGCGUAAGAAGAGCGACCACCAACGUCCUCGCCCCCUACAGCUGUCCAAGUCCUUCAUCAAACCUCCGCCGGCCAGCCCGGACCGUGGAGCACGAGUUCAGAGAGCCAGCACUAUACAGAAUGGGGUAGCAUCAGAAAGGAUGAUGGCAGACAAGUCGAGUUCAGGAAGGGGAGAUAGGCGUCAGCGGACGCAAUCAGAUCUUUUUGAGAAGGGAGGAUCGGAGGAAGAGGGAGACAGUACGGGCAGUGAAACAACCGGGAAAUUGCCAGAUGACUUUGAUAAACUUCCAAUCGAGCUUGUCAGUCUGAGUGAUAGCUUCAUCGAUUCGCUCUCUGCAAAAGUCCACCCCACCCCACCAUCUGUCGACAAAUUAUCCGCCUUAUUUCAAGACUUCUAUGUAGUUGCCGCCAACCAUAUCAAUACCCAUAUUUCCGCACUCUCCUCCCGCCAGCAUCGGGAGAGCUCCCCAGCGCCUUCUGUAGCAACCAGGAUAAGGGCGAAAGCUGCCUCGAUUGGUAAUAAAGAUAAGCCCAAGGUUCCACUUGUCAGACAGGACUCAGAACAGCAGAUGCUCACUGCUGAGGAAAUUGCGGACAGGAAACGAGCUCGGAAAGUUUUGGAGCAGAAGCGGGUUGCCUUGGAGGAAGCUGUGGAGCGGAGAGUGACGGAAGGGAUCUACAGUCGAAUAUGGAGGCAUAGGAGUACCCAGGAUGAAGCCCAGGACGAAAAGCUGCGUUCAAAGACUGCCGCUCUUUCAGUGGUUGGGAUUGGCUUGACAGAUCUUGGAAUAGACCUGGACCAAGAGUCAAGCGAAAACCCUGAUGCUACCGACGAUAAAGAAAAGGAAGUUAAGGAGUGGCUUGAGGGUGCGAGAGAGGAACUUGUUGCCAUGAAUGAUGAGAAGUAUCCUCUCGGCAAGCUACACCAUCUGAAGGCAGCUCACAAAGCUAUUGUCGACACAUUAUCACACUUUCAUCCCUCAUCAUCAGCGGAUGAGAUUAUGCCAAUGCUGAUAUACACCUUGAUCACAUCUCGACCAGAGGGGAUUGAUGUAAUCAGCAACUUGUACUUCAUACAACGGUUCCGGAACGAAAGCAAGAUUGAUGGAGAAGCUGCUUAUUGCUUGACGAAUCUCGAAGCCGCUAUCACAUUUCUUGAAACUGUAGACCUUGCAAGUCUCAGAGCAGAUGAGAAUCCUUCUGGACCUCCAAAGUCCAACAGUCGACCAACUACUCCAAGAUUAGAGAAGGCAGACCCAUUGCUCGCACUCACCCCGUCACCAAAACCGUCAAAUCCUGAGGUCAACUCGGAUAAUGCAAGUCCAACAAUCACAAAGUCUCAUACAUUCCCAGCAGGACUUCGUCCGACGCAGCAGAUUCAAAAUCGACGGCUGAGUGAUAUGUUCCAGCCACCAGCAGUCUUGGGUGCUGCCGGUGAUGCGGUCAUGAAUACCGCCGAUCAAGGUUUCAAGACGAUAGGCAACAGUCUUGGGGAUAGCUACAAGUUCCUAGUUGGGAAGCUUAAAGAGCGACAAGAUGAAGCUAGUGGCAAGAAGACGGAGAUCAUUGUCCCAAAAACUCUUGAUGACGCCCGGAAACUCGUCAGCACACCACCACUCGAGGACGAAGAAUCAGCUAGUGGAGCGAGCUCGCUCCAUAGCACUGAAGUGACGGGGAGGAAUAGAGCUGAUUCUGGAACUAGCUCAGUCAAGCUGGACGAUAAAGUCUUGAGCAUCAUUGGUGGCCGGAAAUAUGCCCGGGAUCGAAGUACAGACAGUGUACGAAGUGCCAGUACAACUGGCAGCAACAAGAAAGUUGCUUUUGCUGAAGAAGGAGCCGGCAAAGUUCCAUCACCACUGCACAACUCUGCUCCAGCACCAGCGCCAUCACCGGCACCAGCGAACCCAGCCAUUGUAGAAUCAAUGAGGAAUCUUGGAAAUUCACUGAAUCCUAUGAACAGGAUUGCUGGCAUGGGAAUGAUGCGUGGUUUUGGGCGUACUACGCCAGUGGCUACCACGCCUACAACGCCAAAUCCGGGGAAAUCGAUACCGGACGGAGGCAUUGCAGACCUCACAACUGCAUUCCCAGAUCUGGCCCCGGUGCUCCCAGCAAAAGAGGUGCCCAAGAUCGCACCACCGAUCAAAAAGUUUAUGGAUCUACAGAAUCCAGGCGAGUUGAGAAUCAACGAAGUUUUAGAGCUCUUGCGAGACUAUAGGAGGUUAGCAGGGGCGUUGAAGGAUAUGGGUGCUGUUUGAUAUACGAUUGGGUCGUUCUUUACCGCGUUGGGAUUUGGGUCAGGCGUGAGGGAUAAGAGCAUUAUUUGUGGCGUUAUGGAAGGGAUGUGAGAUACAUAUACGUGUAUGUCCUUUGGCGUUAGAUGGGAUGUAGAUGAGUGAGUGAGUAGAGCAUACUUCCCGAGUUUGAAAACAACUUCAUACAAAGAGUGAAGAUACGUCGUCUUGGCUUGAACAAUGAGUUGACAGUCAAAUUCAUCUAGUACUGACAAUGGAAGUAUCUUUCCACCCGCCAUGCGGAAUUCCUGCUCUCUAACUCCCUGAGGAAUCCUCAAUGUUUCAGCCUCAACACCCUGUCGGUCUUCUUACUGAAGCUCUCUACAUCCAGCCUAACCUUCUUCCCAAGAACCCAACACCCCCAAACCAGGCCGUCACCCCUGUAAAGACAAUCAACUCCCCAUAACCACUCCCAUACCCCAGUCCCACUCUCCCCUUCCAGCUCUCGCCCUUCAAAAGCGCCUCGCUCAACGGUCCCGCUGCCACAGCGCCAACUCCCCUCGCCGCACUAAUAAUCCCAAUCAACAGCCCCAUAUCCACCGUUGGAUCUUCACCCUUAACCAGCUUCAUCACCCCCGCAUUCGUGCUGACGAAUCCACCAGCAAAGAAUCCAUAGACGAUAGCGAAAACGAUCAGGAGUGGUAAGGCUGUGGACAAGCCCCAGAAGAGGAAGACUGAGAUGGUCGCCCCAACGGAGCAGAGAAGGAUGAUAGUCGUGACGUGGAAGCGAUCACAGAGCAUACCCAUUAUAACAGUAGCCCCGACGCCAGAAGCAUUCAGCAGCGCAACCAACAUCGUCCCAACUGCUCUCGAGUGUCCAAGCGAGCUAGCAAACGUGGGAAGGUACAAGCUAGGAAUGAAACAUCCCACCGACUCAAUCACAAGCCCGACUUGCAACAGCCAGAACGAAGGUGAUUUCAAGAACCCGAGGCCAACAUAACGCUGCGAAGUUGGGUUCCUCGACACUGGAAUCCGAGGUCUUAGGAAGCAGAUGAGGGGUGAUGAGAGGAUGAGAAGCGCCGUGCCCCAAAUCCGCAACGUGGUGCGGAAUCCCCAUCUCUGCAGCAAACUGUUCAGCACGAACGGGAUGAUGAGACCUCCCGCUCCUGUACCAGCCCACAUGAUCCCGAAGGCAAGACCUUUACGCUGCACGAACCACUCGUCGAUAUACAGCAGGGUGGGAUAAUAGAUGAUGCAUCCGCCCAGGGCGUAGAGGACUCCUUGUGUUAGGAUGAGGUGUGGCACGUUUUGGGCGAAGGAGGCGGCGAAAAUACCGGCUGCCAUGAGAGGGAGGCCGGCCCAUUUCAAGGUGCUGGCUAGGUGGGAGAAUUUUUUGUACGCGGGGAAGAGGACGAGGCCAGACACGUACAUCAGUCCCUGGGUAUUGUUAGCUUGUCUUUGAGAAUCGUCAUGUGCUUGUAUUACUGUGGCAGUUGUUCCUAUGACGGCAAUGCCAGAAGAGUUCGAUGAGAAGAGUUCAUGGUGGCCGUAGAAUUCUUGGAAGACACCAAAGGAGAACGGAAAUCCUGAUUAAGAAAUUAGCUAGCGUAGAAGGCACAUUAUAAACAGUAAAUCUCAAAAUGUGAAGGAGGUGAACUAAGUAUGCAUACCCCACACAAGAGCUUCAAUCACGAAUCCAGCAGCCAAGAACAACCACGCAUCUUUCCCGCUGUCAGCUCGUGGGAGAGAGAACUCCUGGUGAGCUAUUGCUGCUUCUUCUGGUAUUUCUCCCGAGUCGGGAUCUAGGUACCCAGAUAGGUCGUUCAGAGCGAUUGCAUUUUGAGCCUCCAUCAAUUGGGUUCGAAGGUAAGUACUUCAAUUAUGGGAUUUGGGUGUUAGAAGUGGAGUUUCGAAGGGUGAGAAGAAACAAACAAACAAAUAAAGGGAUGAUGUCUUUUAUGGAUGGCGGGGUGCUCUUACCCCUCACCCGCAUGGUGGGG